UUGGUUCCUAUUGAAAUAAUACAGGUGGAGGUAUUUGAGUGGUGUCGGAAGUUUGUAAUUGUUUGUGACGUCUCUUAUUGUCCUGUGAGCAACAACGAGAAAAUACUAUGGUGGAGAUUGCAGUGACUGGAUCAUUGUUGAUUCUCCAACGAAUUAGUGAAACAGAAGAAGGAAAUCGUGGUGAAUUUCAAUUUAACCUUGAAAGAAACAGCGUUCAAGAAAAUGGAUGGCAACAUUGUUGGAAUUGGUGGAUGCACAUCCAUAGAAUACCAUUGCAGAGCCAUCAUACAUCAUAAUGGUGGCCUGCAAAAUGGUCAUUAUGUGUGCCAGGGGUUGAAAGAUGAUGGAACUGUCAUUGUCUACAACGAUUCGAGCGUCUCUAAAUUUAAUUUGGAGAAAGGUGACUCCCAGACAAGUGACACUGCAUACAUAAUACUCUACGAAAGGAAAUCCACUCCUGACAGCCGGCAAAAUAGUGAUUUCUCAGCAUUUGUUCAACCUUUUUCGUCACCCACCAGUCGAAUAAUAAUAAGCAGUCCACGAACGCCUCUGCGAACACUACAAGUAACUGAUUCUGCAAACAACAGUGAAGAAACUAGGACAGGUAUGUCAAGCCCAAUGUUGGGUAGUCGAAAACACCACCAUCAAGAGGCUGAGCAAAGGACUCCGCAAAAGAAGGAAAGAGAGCGUGGAGGAGUAAAAAAUCCAGGGUCACCUUACUCGCCACCUCAUAAACAAGAAAGACGUGGGAGAACUCAAAGAAACCUGGCCCCACUGCCCAGACCUGAACAUGCACAAUCAGCUCAACGAGGAACGAGUCCCCCUGAUGUGAUUAAUGGCAAAUCUCGAUUGGCAACAUCGAGGUCAAGUAUCGGAUUAUUAACUGUGUCGAGCAUUUCACCAAGUCGUGGUCAAAUGACACAAAAAAGUACUUUGAGGACACACAAAACAAAAAUUGCUGCUCGUUCACAUAGUGUGCUCACCGAGCGCUUCGAUAACUCGCCCACACCAACAAAUUCACCAAUUGCAGGGAAUUUGUAUCAGCAGUCUCCAAGCCCAAGACGAAUUGGUUUUGAUUGUCAAACCUUCCAAAUGCAAGAAGUCUCACCUGAUUUGUUAACAACCAGCGAAUCAAUAAGCAGUCCUCGAACGCCGCUGCGACAACUACAGGAUGUAGAACCUUCUUUGAGUCAGAGUCAUUUGUCUGCCUGCUUGCCAGCAUCGUUUCAGAGCCAAAAUCCGAGCACGCCUUCUGAAUCUACGCAGUCUACAUGUCCUGCUGGUACUCCUCUAAUACACAUACAACAACCAAAACCUACUAAAAGUAGUCAGACUGCACCUUUGAAAGCCAAGAGAGUUUUGUACCAAAGGUUGGAUAACAAAAUCCUGAUCUCAUUAAAUAAAAAGAAAGAUAAAGAACUUAAACGAUUACGAAAACUGAAUAAGAAGCGGAGGCAAAGUAAAUUACAUCUUCAAGAAAGCUCCUUAGAAUAUUUGAAAAAUAGUUUGCCGCCCCGAGCCGUGGAGUUCAUCAAACGACAAAUUAAAUUGCAUAAGGCUAAGCCACAAGGUCGCCGGUAUGAGCAAGAAGAUUUGAUUCUCUCACUGGGUUUGAGAAAAGGAGGAAGAAAGGCCGAAGCUGCAUUUAAGGACAUGUUUAUCAUACCCUCAAAGAAAACGAUGUUCCGCUUUGUUCAGGGAUUGAACCUGCAGGCAGGCUUACAGGAAUUCAUAUUAGAUGGAGUAGAAGCCUUUGUUGAAACAUUGGAAGAUUCGAGGGACGCGUUUGCUGUUCUUAUCUGGGACGAGCUGAAAAUUGAUGAGUUUUUGGCUUGGAGCAACAAAUGGAAGAGGUUUAUUGGAUUUGAAGACUUUGGAUCUGAAAAACUACCAUCUAGAGCAGGAAAAGAAACGUCACAUGUUGUAUGUGACCAUGCUCUCAUAUUCUACGUUGUGUUAUUACGAAACAGAAAAGUCAAGUUUCCAGUGGCAUAUUAUUUUUGCAAAGACAUGACACCAUCUCAUAUAUUGGCUGACCUUAUUGAGGUCAAUGUACAGCGAGUACGCGCAAAAGGAAUAAAACUUGUAUUCGGCACUUGUGAUCAGGCACCUUGCAAUCUGAAAGCGCUGAAGAUAUUGAACACUUCAGUUGAGAAACCAUACUUUUUGCAAAAUGGACUGGAAUUUUUCUGCGCGCCGGACGCUGUCCACAUACUAAAAUGCCUCGUUAGUCUUUUUCGGAGGUACGAUGUGGAGCUAAGACCAGGUCAAUUUGCAAAGAUUGCGCACAUCGAGGAACUGCUGCGAGUAAAAAAAAAACUUGUUGGCACAACUCUAGCGCCGAAACUCACUGAGAAGCAUGUAUAUGCUAGGGAUAAACUAGCAAUGAAAUGCGCAUUGGCCUUUCAGUUAGUUAGCUCAUCCGUCAGUGCGGCUCUGAACACUUUACUUGCUAAAGGUCUUCUUCCGUCCGAUGCAAAAUAUACUAUAGAGUUUGUCGAGUUCAUGGACAAUUUGAUCGACAGUUUUAAUGGAAGUGAAUUUAGCGAUGUAAAGGUUUUGAAAGCCCGCCUCCAUAAGAAUUCAGCCCACUGGGAAUUCUGGCAAAAGGCCGAGCAGUACAUGUCUGGCUGGAGGUUUGUCAAAAAGGAUGGGUCAACUGUGUAUACUCCAUCUAUAGAGUCAACAAUAAGGUUAAUCAAAACCCUGCAAAAUUUUUAUCCGUUCCUGGAACGCCAUGGUUUUGAUUAUUUGCUGACCAGAAGAAUCCAGCAAGACCCGGUUGAGCAUUUCAAUGGAGAAAUGCGAGAGCAGGUGGGAGGUGGACGAGACCCCACUGCAAUGAAUUUUGCCACUUGUUUUGUCAGCGCAUUUCUCAGUCAGCUAAUGAUAAAUAGUGUACCAAAUAAGAAUCGCAACUGUGAAAACGAUGGACUGUCCUGCACUCCACUUGCCUCUUUUAUUUUCGAUUCUAUGUAUAAACAGUCUCAAAGAACCCGAUGUUCUCUUCCUAGUGGUGAUGAUAGUGAAGAAGACGAGGAGCAAUUAAUUGGUGAUGGUGAAGUUGAAUUCGAUUUGGACAGUUUACAAGAGCAGUGUGACUCCUACUACGCCGGAGUUUGUCUUCGAAAAAUUAACACCAAGUUAAAUUGCAAACCAUGUAUAGAAACAGCAACAUCAGAAGAGAUGCUGCCAAGUCAAAUUUAUGUAUCUUUUAAAGAGUACUCAAACACUGAAGAUAGGUUGUUUUAUGCUAGUGAUGAUUUUUCUACGUCAGUCUGCUCUAUGCUCCGAGGAACCUUAUGUCUACUUAAGAAAUCUGCACACAAAUCCAACAUAUUUCAAACUGUCAAAGAAGGUAUAUUUAACUCCACUAUACCAUUUUCCUUUGGCUGUGAGGAGCAUAGAGAAAUGUUUGCAAAUAUUCUAAACUCUUAUAUUAUUAAAUGUUCAGUAUAUUGGUAUGCAAAAAAAGUGAAUAGAAAAGAGAUAAAGAUAUAACAAAAAAUUCAUGCUUUUAUAUAUUUUGGUCACUCCAUCAAAUUCUUUG